AUGUAUUCAAUAGUUCUACCUUCUUCAGUUCAGAGUAACACAGUAAACAAGCAAGGACCAGAGUACUGGAAACAAACAGGUGAAUUCGAACGGAAUACAGUAGAAGAAGCUAUCCAUAUACCUAAUAAAUUAUCUGACACAUCUGAAUAUCAAAAAUACUCUGUUUUAAAACAACAUAAUCAUACUCAAAUGUCAUUAGCAUCUUCUAGUCAAAGAAACUACUUUUGCAAUUCAAACUCCAUAUCUUGUGAUUCCAAGAAAAAACGAUCAAGAGUCAUAUACUGUCAUGUGUGCUGCCAGUAUAAACCUAGAUCAACACGUGCAAGAUUUCAGGUUUGUCAACAUAUAGCCUGUUAUGACUGCGUAAGACUAGCACUUAUGGUACAACAAAAGUGCAAUUUGAAGGCUCAUUGUCCAUUUUGCCUUACAGAGCUGGAUUGGAACAAGGUAAAACCUUUUAUUGUACUUUUUAAAGCAUCAUCAGAUGGAGAUGAUAAAAACUUGUCCAGUAAUAAUAAUAGUCUUGAAAAUAUAUCUCUCGGGGCAGCUAGUAAUUUCCAAUUAUUUUUAGACUCUUCUUCUGACCAGACAUUAAGUAAUAGUAAUACAAUGAGAGAUAAAAUUCUCAAUAGUUUUUUUUCUGAAUAUCUAAAGAGAGCAGUAUGUGAGCAGGCAUACUUAAAAAAUCAAGUUGGGAAAAUUCAAAAUGUUCAACCAAAACAAUUUACUAGAUACUUACAAUAUGAAACAUCUGACUUAUCAAAAUAUUCCAACCAAUCUAUUUAUCCAAAUUAUUUAAACCAAAAAUCAAACAAUUCUCCCAGAGGUACCAUAUCAAAUUUAAACUUCAAUUCUUCAAUAUCAUCAAACUUCUCAACAACUAGUUUUAAUUCUACUUCAUCUUUGCUCUCAUAUACCUAUGAUGAAAAUAACCGGCGUGGCUUUGCAUGUGGUCUAUUCAAUCCCUCAAUUCCUACGGAUGGUAUAAAUCACAAUACUACUGUGCUAGGAACAAAAAAAAAUUUACAUAGGAGUGAUUCUAAUAUUUCAAGUGAAUUUUCACUCAAUGGUAUUCCUAAUAGUUCACUACCCUUUAACUCAAAUCAGUACUGGAAAGUUGCACCAUUAUGUCUUGAUAUGAAAGAUAUUCUUGAUGAAUGGAGGAACUCAACAUUUGUUCAAGGACAUUCGGAUGUAAUCAUUUGCUCUAUAUAA